UUUGUGAUAUGAUAUUUUCAGAAACAUGUUAGUGGAAAGUUAAAACUUGAAAAAGAUUUUAAGAAAACAAGAUACAGUCCUAAUAAAGAAAGAAGGCAACUUCUUGAAAAUGUUAUUUUAACUGAAGUAAAGGGAAAUGAUGAAAAUUUACAAGGAAUGUCUCUAAAAUCUGAAGAUAACAUGGGAUACUUACCAUCAGUAUUAACAGAUGAUGUUUCUCAUCUUCCUUUAAAAUUUUCACUUAAAUCUAAAUUAGCAAAUCCUCAAGAUUCAGUUGCAAAUUCUGUAACUGACACUAUGAAUUCAUCAGCAAGGUUUAAACUAUGCAUUUCUAAAAACUCAGUAUCUUAUCCAAUAUCUGAUAGUGGAGAAAGUGGCUCUUACAUGAAACUGAAAUAUCCAAAGCAUGAUCCUUUAAGAAGUACAUUAGAAUCACAAGAAGCUAUUCUUGAUAAAAACAGUAUGCUCAGAUUAAAAGUUUCACAUGGAAAAAUUAUUGGUGGAAAGGAUGAAACUGUAAAAAAUGAUUCUGUAUAUGAUUUUGUUGACUCUGAUGAAGACAAUCUCAUUGUAGAUGAGCAUCCUUCUAAUCGUAGACCAAAAUUAUCAGAUCUCAGGAAACCCUCCAAUAAUGAUGCUUCUGUAGUAGAUUAUAAUAAAGGACAGUUAAAACUUAGAUUAUCAUUUAAUAAUAAAUCUGGAACAGAUAAACUUCAGUCUCCACAAAAAUCACAGCAACAGGUUUCUGAAGGAGGCGAUACUGAUUCUGAUAUUCCUAAAAAUGGGACAAUUGAUGAUUUAUUAAUAGCCAGUGAAAUUGCAGUUGAUACUGAUACAACUAGAAUCAGUUUAGAUGACGAAUUAAGUGGAGGUCGUACUUCUCCGUCCACAAGAGAAGCUAUUCAGGGUAUGCUUUUUAUGAGUAAGAGUGCCUUCCAUUUUUCAAAUCCUGCCAUUCCUCCAAACAGUACUACUAAUCCAUCAUUAGAUAAAGAAGGGUCUCUUGCAUCACUUGUAGAUAGUCAUCCAAAUAAUUUUUCUAUAUUAAGUAAAAAGUCUCCUGUAGCUUCUAAUAAAAAUUUACCAGGAACACAGUAUAGCAGGUUUAGAAGGAGGUUUGAUGAAGAUGAUGACUUUGAAGAGAGUUUAAAACAAUGUCAUCAAGAUGGCGAAUUCAUAUAUUUGGGAUUAGAAGCCUCUGAUGAUGAAAUUCAUGUUUUUAAACCAAGAGGUCGAACUAAGAGAGAUGAACCUUGGAAUCCAAAGGCAAGACUUCUUCCUAACUGUCCAAAACCUGAAAGACCAACCAGAGAAGGAGUUAAAAAAGAAGCAAUUGAAUCAGGUCUUGCCGCUGCUGCAGCAAAGUUAGCAGAUAUGCCACCCCUUAAAAGACAGUAUCAUAGAAAAAGACCAAUGCAAAUGAAAAUGAAAGAUAUGGAUAUUCAGUCAGGUCCGUCUACUUCCAGCUUUAGCCAAAAAAGAUCUUUGCCAGCAAAUGAUCUUUAUAAAUCCAAAAAGCCAAAGAAAGGUCUAGCUACAGCCAAACAACGACUAGGAAAGAUAUUAAAAAUUCACAAGAUGUUAUAUUGAACUACACUACAUUUAACUAACCCACAACUGCCAGUUAAUUGUGCCUAAGUCGCGACUCGGUGCUGUCAACAGUUUCUAAAGUAUCCUCCAUCAGACGUCAUUUCUGGAUGUUCCAAAAUAGUAAUAUGUUGCAUCAUGCUGUGCAUAGUAUUAUCUUAGUACCUUACAUAUGUAUUCAUGUAAAAAAUGUGUUCACUUUUAAAAUAUUUAUUUUUUAUGGCAUGUCAUUGCAAAAGAGGACAAUUGAUAUACUCAGUGAUAGUUUUUUAAUACUAAAUUAUUUAAAAUAGUUUUAUUCACUUAAAAUUUCUUGGGGGGAGGGAAAAAUUGUUUAUCUCAAGGAUCUGCAAAUAUGAAAAU